AUGCCAUCUGCCUUCGCCGAGGCUAUAAAGGAGCUUCCUCUUUCUACCGUCUACGCUAAGGCUUCGGAGCUACGAAACUCCAUCUCCCAUUUACGUCGCUCUAACGAUGAGCUUUGGAGCUUCAUCUCGGACGCCUGCGACGCAGAGGAAGAUAGACGGGAACUCGAGGGCUAUAUUGUGGAAAAUGAAGGCGUGAUUACCUCUAUGACAGAAAGGAUUCAGCUAUUAAAAACAGAGGUGGAAAAUAGGGGUCAGAUAUGGAUUGAGGAAGACGUUCGCACGGAAGGUGUCAAUGGAGCUGUGCGCGAAGAUCAAGCAGAAGCGCCCGUUGCUAAUGGGGCCAGUGGUGAUGGUACGAUAGAUGGAAACAUUCCUAGAUCGAACAGCACGGCUGAGGAAACAAGGGAACCGAAUGAAGAAAGGGAGGAAGAUGGCAUCUUUCUCUGA